AUUUACAACCAAUUACAAUAUGUAACACCAGAUAUUUUCCUUACCUCAAAGAAAGCAGAUAUUUUCCUUAUUAUCACCAACAGACAGCAGAAGCAGCGUUCUUCUUCCACAGCUCUUCCUCUUCCUCUUCCUCUUCCUCUUCCAGGUUAAAUCUUUUGUAGAAAAUGAGAGCUUCCAGUACUUCAUUUCACUUCUUAGAAUCCACUUCUCUCUGUAGAGCACCUGUCGACAUUUCCCGGUCUCAACUUUCUAUUCCUAGGAAGCUCUUUUUUUGCCGAGCAAAUUUUGGAGUGAGUUAUAAAGCUAUUAUAAUAAAUGCUGAUUCUGGGAUAGAUGGAUCCUUCAGCUCGAGAGUGAGAGUGGUGCCAGCAACUCUGGUGGCAGCAGAAAAAGAAGAAGCGAAGGCUGUCCUAAACUUGUUCUUGAAGAAACAAGGUUUGAGCAAUGCAGUUGCAGCAAGAACUAUCAACAAGUCGGACAUUUUCAUUGACCACCUUGUCUCAAGGCUUCAUUCAGUUCAUAAAUCUCGGUAUCUAGUAGGGCGAGAGCUAACAACUCUUGAGAUCAGGGAUGCUCUUGUUCCAUACCUUGAAUCUCUCCGUGAAGAGCAUGGAAGCAUCUUGGUAGAUUUAUUGGAAAACUUUCCAAACCCACCUGGUAAAGAAAAACCAAUCGGGCAUGUUUCUCCAUCCCAUUUGACCCCCGAGUCCAAGAAGCAAAGGGCCGUGUCUAGAGUGAGUGAGACAGGCCCUGCUGGGCAGCUUCCUCCUCACAUUCUAUAUCUCAUAGAUCUUGGCAUGGAUCUUGAGCAGAUCAAAGGAAUUACACGCAAAUUUCCUGCUUUUGCCUACUACAGCUUGGAAAGGAAAAUCAAACCGGUGGUUGAAUUCCUUCUUGAUCUUGGAAUACCUAAAUCAGACCUUCCUACUGUUCUAACCAAAAGGCCUCAAUUGUGUGGAAUCAGUCUCUCUGAAAAUCUUAUACCUACUAUGACAUUCUUAGAAAAUUUGGGUGUAGACAAGAGACAAUGGGCAAAAGUCAUUUAUCGAUUUCCAGCACUUCUUACAUACAGCAGGCAGAAGGUUGAGGUGACUGUAGAUUUUCUCUCUGAGAUGGGUCUCUCAGCGGAGAGCAUUGGUAAGAUUCUAACACGAUAUCCAAAUAUUGUGAGUUACAAUGUGGAUGACAAGCUGCGACCCACUGCUGAGUACUUCCGUUCCUUAGGAGUUGAUAUCGCUAUACUUCUUCAUCGAUGCCCGCAGACAUUUGGUCUUAGUAUCGAGGCCAAUUUGAAACCUGUGACAGAAUUCUUUCUGGAAAGGGGAUACAGUAUAGAGGAUAUUGGAACUAUGAUAUCACGAUAUGGAGCUCUAUAUACUUUCAGCCUGGCAGAGAAUGUGAGACCUAAGUGGGAGUUCUUUUUGACAAUGGAUUAUCCAAAACAAGAGCUUGUUAAAUUCCCACAGUAUUUUGGCUACAGUUUGGAAGCAAGGAUAAAACCAAGGUAUGCACUAGUGAAGGAAGCUGGAGUGAAACUUCUGCUGAAUCAAGUGUUAUCCCUGUCAUAUCACAACUUCGAUAAGGCUUUGAAAACAAAAAUGAAGAAAAUGCAUUCGUACAGGGCCUCAAGUGACACAAAUAGCUGUCAGGAUCUUCAACCAGGAAUUGAAUGAUGAGAGAUCUGUGUGGACAGGAUGCCAUUUUCAAAGAAUAUCAUUGUAGUGCCCUGAAUAGGCCCUACACAUGGCAGCCUUUUUGAUGGACAUGCUAAAGCUUCGUUCAUGUGCAUAGAUCUGGCUAAUUAAAGUACAUUGACAAAUUUUGAUCACCUUGCUUUGCAGAACUUGGAGAGGACUUUCUGGGGUUAAACUAUGGUCAACACUAGAUAUAUCAUGUUGAUUGACAUGUGGAAAGGAAGAAACAUCUACCAUUCCUGCCAGUCCCUUUUCAUCCAAAGGUUUGAUCGAUUAUAAGCCCUGCAUUGGAUUCUGAUUCUCCAUAAGAUGAGAUUAUUUGAUGCUCUUUCAUUUCAUGCAGUUCACAGUUCCACUUUGUUGUUGAAUUAGAAAAAUUGACUUUAUGUUUUAACAGCAGCCUAGUAGAAUAAUAUAUUUGUUUUGGGGUACCAACAGUGGAAAUGACAAUGUUAUCAAAUGUAUUUUGUAUUUCUUGAA